AGACCUCUCUUGUGCUUUAUAAGCUCGUCUCCUCCUGCGAAGAGCCGCCCCCGCCCCGACAAAAACCCUAACCCCAGGACGCCUCGGAGAGCUUCUUUGGAGCCAUGGGGGCUUACAAGUACGUGUCGGAGCUAUGGAGGAAGAAGCAGUCGGACGUUAUGCGGUUCCUGCAAAGGGUGAGGUGCUGGGAGUACCGCCAGCUCCCCGCCAUCGUCCGCGUCACCAGGCCGACGCGCCCCGACAAGGCCCGACGCCUUGGCUACAAGGCCAAGCAGGGUUAUGUGAUUUAUCGUGUUCGUGUUAGACGUGGUGGCAGGAAGAGACCUGUUCCUAAGGGUAUUGUUUAUGGGAAGCCCAAGAAUCAGGGUAUCACCCAACUGAAGUUCCAAAGAAACAAGAGGUCAGUUGCUGAGGAGAGAGCUGGUCGGAAGUUGGGAGGUCUGAGAGUGCUCAACUCUUACUGGAUCAAUGAGGAUUCAACAUACAAAUACUUUGAGGUUAUCCUUGUUGAUGCGGCUCACAAUACAAUUCGCAAUGAUCCAAGGAUCAACUGGAUCUGCAAGGGUGUCCACAAACAUCGUGAGCUUCGUGGACUGACUUCAGCUGGCAAGAAAUACCGUGGCCUCCGUGGCAAAGGUCACCUGCAUCACAAGGCCAGGCCAUCGCGCAGGGCAACCUGGAAGAGGAACCAGACACUGUCUCUUCGCCGAUAUCGUUGAGCUUGUUUAUUUAGCUGGUGUUUUCUGGAUUUAAUUUCAGUUGAACUCAAUCCUGUCAUUUUUGGUGUGUUUGUUUUAGCUGUUGCUCGACUCUUGAAAUGUGCUCAAGUCUUGAAGUUCAGCAGUUUAUGGGCUUUUUUGUGGUACAUUUAUUUAUCUCAUUCCAUGUUUGGUGGUGCAUUUAUGCUAGAUUAAUAUAUUGCAUCUAGUCUUGUGGUGA